GUCAUUGCUAUGCUUGAGUUUGAAGCAUUGGAAGGUCCGAAUUCUCCAAACUCCCAAAUUGCAGCUCUCCCAUUUCCUCAUCCACCAACUACCUCAGUCGGUUGAAUAGAGAGAGAGAGACAAUCAACAAUGGCGGCAGCGGCAGCGGCGGAUCUUGAGGAUGUGCCUUCCGUCGUUCUCAUGACGGAGCUCCUCCGCCGAAUGAAAUGCGCCACCAAACCCGACAAACGCCUCAUCCUCAUCGGUCCACCGGGAUCGGGAAAAGGUACCCAGUCACCAAUAAUCAAGGACGAAUAUUGCUUGUGCCAUCUGGCCACUGGUGAUAUGCUUAGAGCAGCUGUUGCUGCCAAGACACCCCUUGGGGUUAAGGCCAAAGAGGCCAUGGAAAAGGGAGAACUUGUUUCUGAUGAUUUGGUUGUUGGGAUAAUAGAUGAUGCACUGAAGAAGCCAUCUUGUCAAAAAGGUUUUAUUCUUGAUGGAUUUCCUAGGACAGUUGUCCAAGCACAAAAGCUUGAUGAGAUGCUUGAUAAACAUGGAGUCAAGGUUGACAAAGUCAUUAACUUUGCGAUUGAUGAUGCUAUCCUGGAGGAGAGAAUUACUGGUCGCUGGAUUCAUCCUUCUAGUGGUCGUACUUACCACUCGAAGUUUGCACCUCCAAAAGUGCCUGGUGUUGAUGAUGUAUCUGGGGAGCCUCUAGUUCAACGGAAAGAUGAUACAGCUGCUGUUCUCAAGUCAAGGCUGGAAGCUUUCCAUAAGCAGACUGAGCCAGUAUUUUUCCCUCCCUCAUAUUUCUAUCGUUCUGCAUCUGCUUUCAAUCAUGUUGCAACGCUGUGCAAAUAUUGUUAUUGACUACUAUAGCAAGAAGGGCGUUGUUGCUAACCUUCCGGCAGAGAAACCUCCACCAGAGGUAACAACAGAGGUGAAGAAGGUACUGUUGUCGUGAUUGAAGACUCAAGUUUUAGUCCACCCUCAAUAAACAUUUGAUGCCUGCAGAUUCUGGUCAUUUUUAUUCGGAUAUGUCACCGCGCCUUAUCGGCUCCUGUACUUUACUACAUGUUCUGCUAAGUGAAAGCACUAGUCGGCAUUAGGUUUAGAUUUUCCUAUACGAGUUACGAAAUUGUUUCAGUACACUUUCUGUAUAAGAGGCUAAAAUACAGUUUUCUUGGUAAUGACUCCUCUCUUAUAAAAACUGCUGUUGUUGUUUGAA